AUUUUUGCCUAAACAGAUGAUUUGAAGCAAGGCUAAAGCGUUAGACUAAAAGAGGCCCUACUGUGUGAAUGAAAGAGCUUCCGUUUCAAUUUCAAUUUCCAUUGUUUCAUCUCACCAUUAAAGUCAUCAGCAACCAUCAUAAUUAGUAUGGACACCACAACCAUUAUAUUUUAUAUUCUUGUAUUUGCAGUGUUAUAUGCUAUUGAAAUACCUCAAUGCUACUGGUAUCGCUUUGAACAUUACUGGUGGCCAGACAAUAUUCAGCCAAAGAACAACGCAUUCAAAAACAAGCACAUCAACUCAUUUAGUUUUAUAAGAAAUUUACUGAAUGGCUCCAAUUCAGUUAGCCUGACAAAAGAUCAAGCAAAAGAUUUAGAUGGGAAAUUUACCAGAUAUUAUCCAAAAAGACGUCCUGGUACUAUCACAAUUUUGUCAACGAGACCAUCGUUUAAAGAUUACAAGCAUUUUUUCGGUAACUGCUAUUACACCGAAAAUGCUGUUAAAUUUUAUGACUACAUGCGAAGAAAAAUUGUCGAACGCAAUCAACGAUUAUUUGUAAGUUUCGCAGAUCGUGAUGGGAAAAAUUUUGAAGUCCACAUGCUCAACCAAAAUCGUUAUUGGUGGCUCCUAAUUUUGUACAAAGGAUCUAUGAUUUUGCCAAAUUUUAUAUGGUUAUGUAUUCGUAUGUUAUAUUCCCUAUCUAUUAGCAUUUUAAGUAGAUGCCGAAGUUAGCCGAUGCAGUAAGUCAUAAAAUCUUGGUCGAUAAAAUUGCGACCAAGACUAAGUCGAUACACUCGAAUAUCGACUAAGCUGACUCAAUAGCAUGAGAUCAAAAAACAAUGUAUUCCGUCUCUGAAAGGCUGGGCAAAAUCAUAAAUUCGUUGAAAUUUCUUUAUUUCUCAAAAUUAAAACUGAAAACAGUGAAAAUGAGUGUACUUGGUUGACUGAUAGUCAGUCAGUCGUUCAACAGUCGGAGUCGACUAGGUCGACUUACACUCAGUCGGUCACUCUAAAUUCAUUAUUCAGCCAAUCAAUGCAUCGACCAACUUCUGUGUCUAAUUUUAAGAGCUCGUCAAUAGAGUUUGAGCUUGAAGGGAAUAAGCAUCAAUAUUUAGUCUAUCGAUUGAUUUGGUCAUCACACAAAUAA